CUUCGCUGUUGUUAACGUAACCUCAAAAUGGAGACAACUGCCUGUGCUCCAAUGUCAAGCAUUGAUUAAUCAAAGUAAAAUCUACCAUGUUAAUCGCUUUUUACCUCCAAAGUUAUGGAUGAAGCAUGGAAUCAACUUUCAUCAAAACUCGAAGCCUUACAGGCAUUGUUACUCGUAGCGAUUCAAAGUGGACAAACAACUUUAACUGCGAUUGCUGAUCAGGGACAUGGAUAUGUUGUCGACAUAUUGGCAUCCCCCAGAAUCAUCAAAACUCAGGAACUUGCAAGCAAUGCAAUCACCUCUCUUUUAGAUGCACUAGAUCAUGCACAACAAUUUUCUAGUCAAUACAUUAGUUCAAUCAUCGUUCUUUGCAGUAACUCGCAGCUUUUCCAUAACAAAUUAAGUAGGUCAACAAUCUGUGCAGGAUGUGUAGGAUUGGUCAUCGGAAGUGGGAUUGGCCUGAUCAUAGGUUUAAAUUUGAAAGUUGCUCUGCAGCCAGCAUCUUCAAUGAGGGCAGUUGCAGCUACGAAUUUCUCAGGAAUAGAUGCUGUUGCUCUAUUAGAGGAUGUAUUCACUCCCACAAUAUCUGCACCAGAUGAAGUACUUAUUCACGUUCGAGCAGCUUCAAUUGACACCGUUGACAUCAUGGUUGCUGGAGGGUACGCCCGCACUUUGAGGAAGCAAUUAAACAAGUACAAUUCUAAUGUAUCUGGAGAACUGCCUGUCAUCCUUGGUCGUGAUUGUAGCGGUAUCGUAAUGGAAAUGGGUCAUGAAGUUCGUAAAUUCGACAUUGGUGAUGAAGUGUGGGCGGCAGUCCCACCAUGGGCUCCGGGGACUUUGGCUGAGUUUGUUGUUGUUAAGCAGCAUUUUGUCUCCCGUAAACCCAAAUGUCUCGGAUUCGAAGGCUCUGCAACUUUACCAUAUUCAGGAUGCAUCGCCUGGCAUGCAGUGGUGAAUAAGGCAGGUCUAAGUGGAAAAUCAGGACAAGGUAAAAGGGUUUUAGUUCAUUGUGGAAGCAGUAGUAUCGGAGUCCUAAUAGUCCAGCUUUGUCGAUAUUUUGGAGCUCACAUCACUGUCACCUCCGUUGGAAGAGUUAGCUCUUUCAUGGCAGAGCUUGGAGCAGAUGAAGUUCUGCCAUUAGAAGUUCCUGAUAUUGAAAAACAGCUUGCAAAAAUGGAAAAGUUUUCCGUCAUUUUCAAUACAGCUGGGUCGGUAGCCCAUCAGUUUUGUCUUCAACUUUGUUCCUCUGAUGGUAUGGUUAUUUCCACUGUCAAUUCUCCACUGCCAUCUGACUCGUUUGGAAUAUUCCUAGGCAGUUUGUACUCCAUAUGGAUUAGGAUUACUCAUGGUAUUUUUGGUUGUAAUAGUUGGAAUUCGGUCACAAUUAGUCACUCUGUUUUAGAAGAGUUGAGUCUGCUUGUGGACAGAGGUCAUUUAAGGCCUGUCGUCGAUAGAGUUUUUUCUCCACAACAUGCUGACCAAGCAAUACAUUAUGUGGACUCGCUUCUAGCAUUUGGCAAAACUGUCAUUCGAUUCAGUCAUGGUGAUGGAAGCGGUGCAUCAACAAAAUCUGAAGCAGUUGGUUGAGCUAAAAUCUAGGAAUGUCUGUUUUCUCUCUUUCAUCGAUUUGCGCCGUCCAAAAAUCAAACUUGUAGUAAGUUUUCAUAGUCACCUCAAUAUUUUUCAGGCAUUGAUGAUAAUACAUUUUUGUACAAUUCAUCAAGUAAAACAUAUUAUGUGAGAGAAAGAGUGGUUAUCAACUUGAAAGUUUUGGGAAAUGCUCUUCUUUACUUGUUUUUAUUGUAUUUCUUGUUGGUACUAAAAGAAAUUUGAGAUACUGCUAAAAUUAGUUUCAAGACAGAUUUUUUCUCUCAAACAUUUAUGAAUAUGAAGAAUAUCAUACAUUUGAAUCAGGAGCUUAUUCAAUUUAAUUUUCAGAUAUUUUUAGCUCAGUCCUUUCAGUUGUUUUAAUUUUCUGAAUAGAUUUUGUGUUCAAUCACUACGUAUAGUCAGUAGCCAUCAGUACUUGUUUUGAAGUCAGAAUUGCCCCUCAUUGUUUCUUUGAGAAUUUUUCAUUUUUUUCUAUCUUGGAAUAACGUUAUUUUUCCAUAAAUGGUGAAAAUAUGCAAAUUCAAAUGCACCAACCUGUCAAUUAUUGUUUUGAGAAAUUCCUUAGCAAUAAAGGGUUUUAAGGUCCAUUUUGAAUUUCAUCAAAAUACAGCCUCAAUAUUUUGAUAGUAAUAACUUUAAUGGUAACUGACUAGGAAUAAAAGUACCUAGAUGGAGUUUAGAAAUGUAAAUUUUUAAAAUGGAAGAAAUUAUAUGCCAUUGUAUUUUGCCAUGUUUCAGGAAAAAUGUUGAAAUAUUUUUGUAGGAUUCUUUUAGUCCUUUUGCCAACUAAUAGCUCUAAAUUUCAAUAAUGAAGACUUCCUUUGUACUAAUAAUUGCAACGGAUGCAUGGUUGAGUGACACAUUAAUUGAUGGAGGUGCACAAUUUCCUAUUGGAGCUAAUUUACCUGCUGGUAUCUACUUCCAUAUCAUGGUGCUUUAUGAUAGAGACUUAUUAAAAUUAAGGGAAGAAUUUUAAGUGUCAUAUCUGCAACUUUGAAUCUUUUUUCUGCGUCUGUUUCCUGUAUUUUUCUCCUUUAUUGAAGAGGUGAGGAAGCAGCUGAGCAGUAUUUCCAAUUUUUUAAAUUUUCCAAUUUUUAUCUAUUACAUAUUAAGUGGUCUCAGAAGGAAUAUCGCAGAUGCUCUUUUGACGUAAUAAAUUUUUAAAGUAUUAAGUAUUUCUUACAAAAAUAUAUGAUAUUUCAAGGCUUGAAACCAAACUACAAGACUGUAUCAAAAGAAAACAGCUUCAAUUAUCGUAUCAGAAUUCUUUUAGCAACUCAAUUUCUAUGGAUUGCAUUGAUUUCUGUUGAAAUUUUUUGAGGUAGUCAUUUGUGCAGAAUACCGAAAUUAGGAAAUCUAUACCUAGUGUUAAUUUAUGGCAUUUUUGUGACUGUACCCUUUUUUAAAUUCUACCUAUAGGCCACGCCAUCACAAUUGCCAGGGAGGGGGAGGGGGUGAAUGAGUCAAUGUACCUAAGCUUUAAUUUUUGAACAAUUCCUGUCACUGACUCUACCCCUCACCUGUCAUUUUUCAUGGCGUGGAGUUAUUUCUGUAGGAAACAGGAGGGAAAAGGAGGUAAAAAUGAGGAUGGAAAAAUAAACCUCGAAAAAGAUCUGUUAGAAAAUAGUAUGAUGGUAAAAUAAUCGCAUGAAAGUUCUUUAUGAAAAUUAAAUUUUCAAAUUUAUGUGUGCGUUUUUACCAGAGACAAGAGACCCUCCACUGGUCUCUUGGCGACAGGUGGAAGCUUUUACUUUCGAGGAUUCAAAACUUCCCUAUGGACAAUUAUAAGGGAGCAACAGUCAUCACUCUUUUUUCGGUUAUUGACCUAACUCCUAGGUGGAUGAUGUGUAUUGGGUGACGUCGUGAGCCAAUCAAGUUUCCCAAAAUUCGGUUUGUUUGUGAAACCAAACUCCCAACACCCUGUUAACCAUCAACCUAGUAGGUAGGGCAACAGUUGAAUGUUGAAGUCCGGAAAGUAAAAGCUUCCACCAUUGCAGAGAUACGACUGGAGGGUCUCUUGUCUCUGGUUUUUAUUUUUCAAGGAUAAUUUUUUAUGGAACUUAAUCAAAUGGAAAGUUACUGCAGCAAGCUGAUGAUUUUUUAGUGUUUGCUCAGUUUUUUUUCACCAGACUUUUGUAAACGAAAGAUGAAAAAUUGUGUACAUUUUCAAUUGAGACCUCUGUCUCAAAAAUUAUUUCAAAAACAUUUUUAAUAAUAAUUUUAAAUAAAUGUGUACCUAUUCUCGAUAUUUUUAACAGAAGUUUCAGACCAUUCAAAUCCUAUUGCACUCUCUGAGGACAAGGUUUGACCGUGGAGGUCUUUUUAAAACUCUCUAAUUAUUGUCUCAUUUACAGUCUCAUUUAGGCUAUCUCGACAAAGUACAUAUUACCUAGUUGCCAACAAUGACCAAAAUUAUAAUUUAAGAUUAGUAGGAAGUAGGUACUUGUACUUGUAAAAUUUCUGAUUCUGCUGUAUCCAGGAAAAGAAUCUUGUAAGUUAUGUUUAGGUGAAUAAAAGAAACAAAUUUUA